AAAGAUUUGAAUGUUAUGGAUAAUUUUUCUUAAUAAUGUUGACAACAAUUGAAAGAUUGUAUCGUACCACGACAAUUGAUUUAAAGUAAUAGUCAAGCUUUGUAUACCCCUUGUAGAUCGCCAUGGAAUGUUCAACGAUGAACAAAUCCUCGCAAACCACAAGCAAUGUACUUAUUAAUUUAUAAUUUUUAAUCCAAAAAAGCUUUGAACUAUUCAUUCACACCCCAUACCAUGUAACUCAUCCUCCCCCACACUCGCCGGCGAACUAAUUUCCGGCAUGGCUACAGUAGUGUUCCAUAUCAUAUACUUUCUCAUCAUUAUUCCCUCCACUCUCUCCCUCAAUUUUAUCUUCAAUUCCUUCACCACCACCACCAACCUCACUCUCAUCAACGACUCCCACGUCGAACCCCCCAUCAUUCGCAUGAUCAACGACUCCAACAAUUACUCCUUCGGCCGAGUUUUCUACCCCACAAAGCUCCCCGUCAUUAAACCUUCCUCCAACAUCUCUUCCUUCUCCACUUCCUUCAUCUUCUCCGUCUUGCCACAAAUCCCAAACAGUCCUGGUUUUGGUCUCGCUUUCGUCCUCUGCAAUACCACUUCCCCUCCCGGCGCACUCGCCAGCCAAUUCUUCGGCUUAUUCACAAACACCACCUCCCCCACCGUUUUCCCCCUCCUCGCCGUCGAAUUCGACACCGGACAAAACCCUGAGUUCAACGAAAGCGACAACAACCACAUCGGAAUCGAUCUCAACAACGUCGAAUCCAUAACGCAAACCCGCGCAGGAUACUACGAUUCCACCGGAAGUUUCGUACCAGUUCAAAUGAAUAGCGGCGAAAAUAUCCGAGCUUGGAUCGAAUUCGACGGCGAGAAUUUGGAAAUUAACGUUACCGUUUCUCCAGUCGGUGUUUCACGCCCAACGAAACCAACGCUUACGUAUAGACAUCCAAACAUUGCUAAUUACCUUUCUCCCGAAAUGUUCGUUGGUUUUUCAGCUUCGAAAACCGAUGGAAUCGAAGCACGGAGAAUUCUCGCAUGGAGUUUCAGCGAUUCAGGAACUGCGGAAGUGUUAAACACGACAAAUUUACCGGAUUUCGAACUAAAAUCGUCGUCAACUUCACUUUCCGGUGGUACAAUUGCAGGAAUUGCAGUUGCUUGUUUUGCUUUCACAUUGAUUUGUGCGAGUUUGGUGUUAUUAUUCAUUUGGUGGCGAAACAGAAAAACGAAAGAAGAAGAUGAUGAAGUUGAAGAUUGGGAAAUGGAAUAUUGGCCACAUAGAUUCUCUUAUGAGGAACUAAAAAUAGCUACUAAGGGUUUUAAGAAGGAGAAUCUUCUAGGUUCUGGAGGGUUCGGAAAAGUGUACAAAGGAACACUAACGAAUAAAACUUUAAUUGCGGUAAAGUGUGUUAAUCACGAUUCUAAACAAGGAUUAAGAGAAUUCAUGGCGGAGAUUUCAAGUAUAGGAAGGCUUCAACAUAAGAAUAUAGUACAAAUGAAGGGAUGGUGUAGAAAAGGUAAUGAACUUAUGUUAGUUUAUGAUUACAUGCCUAAUGGAAGCUUAAACAAGUGGGUUUUUGAUAAUCCUGUGAAAAUUUUGGGAUGGGAUCAGCGCCGUCGGAUUCUUGUUGACGUGGCAGAGGGGCUUAACUACCUUCAUCAUGGUUGGGAUCAGGUUGUUAUUCAUAGGGAUAUUAAAUCAGGUAACAUUUUGUUGGACUGUGAAAUGAGGGGAAGGUUGGGAGAUUUUGGUUUGGCUAAGCUUUACCAACAUGGACAAGUUCCGAAUACUACACGUGUGGUGGGAACUUUGGGGUAUUUGGCGCCGGAAAUAGUGAGGGUUGCCGCGCCGACAUCAGCGAGUGAUGUGUAUAGUUUUGGGGUUGUGCUGUUGGAGGUGGGUUGCGGAAGGAGGCCGUUGGAGAUGUCGGUAGUGGAUGAGGAGGUGGUGCUAAUUGAUUGGGUGAGAGAAUGGUAUGCGAGAGGGUGUGUGGUAGAUGCUGCAGAUUGUAGGAUUAAGGGUGAGUAUGAUGUUUGUGAUAUGGAGAUGGUGUUGAAACUUGGGUUGGCUUGUUGUCAUCCUGAGCCUAAUAGGAGGCCUACUAUGAAGGAAGUUGUUGCGUUGCUUCUUGGGAAGGAUGUGGCUGAGGUGCCGGGGAAUGUUUUGUCUGAUUUGGCCCGCGGGGAUGGCAAUGGUGGUGGUGGUGGCGGGGAAUCGGAGGAGGAACUGCCUUUGCAGUCCAACUCUCCUGUUUGACUUUACUGCAUACUGUUGGACUUUUGUCCAUUGGAUUUUUUUUCUUGAUUGUGUGUUGAUAAUGGGGAAAUUUCCCUGUAUAUCUUUUGAUAUUAAUCAUUGGAUUAUUUCCACUUUCAGUCAAGUACUCAUGUUCUUUGUAGUGUGUCUUGUACAUGAUUUACUUGUUUUCCAUUUUUGUUAAUUAUCUUUCUUUGGAUGAAAGAAUAUGUAUUUUGCAUGUCUUGAAACAGUUAAAAAUAGAAUA